AUGGAGCGGGAAAAGCGCGCGCUGAUAACUCGAGAGGUGCAGAUAAUGCGGAAGUUGCAGCAUGAGAACAUUGUCAAGUACGGGGGCAGCUUCAACGAAAGCCAGGCGCUGUACAUAGUCAUGCAGCACCUCAGUGGGGGCUCCCUCUACGGCCUCGUUCGCAGCAACCCCAAGGGCAAACUCUCAGAGGCCAGCGCCCGCAAGCUCUUUCUUGAUGUCGCGAGGGGCGUAGCCUACCUCCACUCCCAAAGCGUUGUCCACAGGGACUUGAAGCUAGAGAACAUGCUGCUGGAUGAUAGAGGGCGAGUGCGUCUGAUCGAUUUUGGAUUUGCAAGUUUGCUGAGGCCUGGGGUCAAGUGCCGUAUGGCAUGUGGGACUCCGUCGUAUAUGCCACCAGAAAUAUUGAAAAAGAAAGAAUAUGAGGGUCCCGCAGCUGAUAUGUGGUCUUUGGGGGUGGUGCUGUACGCCAUGCUACACGGCUGUUACCCCUUCAAAGGCCAGAAGCCCGAAGAGCUUUACGCAAACAUAGCAGCCGGGGAGUACGUGGUGUCUCAGUCCCUCAGCGCUGAAGUGAAGGCGCUGCUGCAGGGCCUCUUGUUUUUAAACCCUGAGGGCAGACUCAAGGCGGAGCAAGUGCUAUCCAGCCCCUGGCUAACGGCCCCCGCCGACUAUGGGGUGGGCAUAACCCCGUCUCACUCUCGCAGUGACAGCAGCAGCAGCAGAACACCAAAACAACACGGAGGCGAGGGACACCCGGACCCCAAGGCUCCUAACAGUACCACCAGGGCCUCGUCGCCCGCGGCGCAGCCCACAUCACAGGGUCCUUGUCCCCCUUCAGCUGCUGCAUGCUGUGCGCAGCCACAAACAAGUCCACUGGCCAACAAACAGAAGCCUCAGCAAGAUACGCUUCAGCCGCCCGACCACAAUAAGCAGCAGCAGCAGCCCCAGCAACAGACGAAGAACCGUCAACAGCACCAGCCGCCGUCACCGCAGCAACAGCAGCAGCAAGAGCAGCAGCAGCAAUGUGGCUCUCAGCAGCCCUUGCCCGAGCCUAAACCGCAUAGUCGCUUCCUCUCAAAGGUCUGUGAGAUAUUUGCGCCACCUGCGUCGCGGACGCAGCGGCCCCUGAAGCCUUAA